GUCAGGGCUCUGUGCAGGCCACUCGAGUUCUUCCACACCAUAGUUGGCAAACAGUGUCUUCAUGGACCUCGCUAUGUGAAAUCCUUGAUUGGCCUCAUCCCUUCUUCAUGGAACCCAGUUCCCGUUAGUGUUCUUAAUAUUAUAUUAAGAUAUAUAUAAGGGCUUAGUGAAGAGUCCUAUGUAAUACUGUUUUUAUUGUGGCCUCGCUGGUUUCCUGUCACGACUGCAACUGUCUGCAUUUUUAACGAUUUUAAAAAGGUAACUGCAUCAGAUUGCAAUACUCUCUGGCUCUGCUUCUGUUCUGCUUCUGCUUCUGAAGUCAUCUGUCAUGUUGACUUGCAAUGGUUCAUCUAGGUUCACAUGAGCUUUUAAAGUAACAGAAUGGCCCUUCUGAUGAUGAGAGUGAUAAUUCCCCCACGAGGAAAUAACAACAGGAAAUUAUUCUUAAUAAGAAAGAAAUGAAAGAAAGUCGAUAAGGGUGUGUUAAAAUCAGUAUAUGUGCAUGGCUCUGGUUUGAAUGGUUGCAUGUUUUGACAGCCUAAUCGUGAUUAUUAUGCACAAUGUGUGUUAUGUAGGCUGACAAACAGGUUCUGCAGUCAGGUGUAAAGUUAUGUAUGUGUUUGUGAGGAAGCCUAGCAGUGAGCAGUAUGCUUAGAAAAGAGAGGUGCGAAAUCCAAAACUGCACUUUUCUCUCUGAUAUAUGAUAACGUGGCGGGAAGAAAGGCAUUAGUGGGGCGUAAAGUGACAUUCGGAAGGAAGGAAUGUCGCAAGAAGCAAGUCCCAAGCCUAAAUGUCCAACCCGCCCACCACCUCCUGACCCCUCAAGGCUACGAAACCUACGACUUAGCAGGCUCUCCCACGCAGAAGAAGUACACGAUGAAACAUGUAAUCCAUCAUUGGAGACUCAAAACAUCCCUACAUAUAUAGAUGUGUUGUCUGACAAGUCCCCUGCUAAGGAGGAUGUAGCUCCUGCCAGGCCACCACCUCCAGUACUGAAGAGAUCUUUCCUCUCUCGGACCAGAAGGACACAGGAUUUAAAUGGUCAUGCUGAGACGUCAGACAUCAGAAAUACAGAAACCUCUUGGCAUAACGGGAAUGAAACAGUGGACGGUCCAGCAUACAUUGAUGUUCUUCCCAAUGACAGAAAUCUCCCAAAUCAUACCACACCUCUGAAUGCCCCUCCUCCUCGUCCUGUUGGUCCUCCUCGGGUUUCAUUGUUACAAACCAGAAAACCCUUGCUCUGCCAGACCCGCUCCGCCGAGCCUCCUGUGCAUGUGUAUGAAAGCAUUGAUGACGUUCUGUCACAGGAUGAUGAUGGAAUGAGAGAUUUACCUGCAGGCCUAACAAGAAAAGGGCGUCUUGCUACUUACCACUCAUGGAGUGAACGGUGUAGUGUGUAUGGAGACAGAACCGCAAGGGAGCUGGACAUCUUGUUAGAGUGGUGGAGAAGCGUAGGAGGGUUAGAGAAUCUACCAGUGGACUAUCAAGAAGAGGAAACAGCAACAAAUCCACUGAUCUCAGUGGCACAAAAGGUAAAAACAGCGAUGCGUCUGUAUGAGCUGCUUAUAGUUCAGCGUUGCACAGACCUGCUAAACCAUAUCACCGAGCUCCACUGUACUGCGGACAGUCUUGUCAAGACGAAUAAGUCAACUCGGCUUGCCAAGCUCACAGGAGGCACCACGGGUGCGGUUGGCGGUGUUACUAUUGCAGCAGGCCUUGCUCUCGCCCCACUGACCUUCGGAGCCUCGUUGGUGGCAACCGGUGUCGGCAUUGGAAUUGCUGCUGCUGGAGGGGUCACAGGGGCAUCAGCGUCCUUCACCAAAAAAAGGAAAUGGACUCAGAUAAAGGACAAGGUGGAAAAAAUCAUAAGCAACUAUAGAGCCCAGAUAGAAGAUAUUCUAUCAUGCCUGAGGUUUAUUGAUGUAGGAAUGGAGCACCUCAGAACGCAGGAUAGCUCAAAGCUGAAGGAAAUGGGGGCUCAUUUGGAGAAAAUAGCCAGACUUGCUCAGGAAAUGGAAAAUAUAAACUCCAUAGAUGCCAUUAGUGAGUGUUUUGGCAUCCUGCAGGGUUUGGAUUCCUAUUUCACUGAGGAGGACAAUCCAGGGACUAAGAAGAACUCUAAUAGCCAGCUUGCACAGAAAGUCCGUGAGGUGGCUGACAAACUCAAAGAGUGUGUGGAUCAGCUGAUACGGAUUAAAAACCUGUUUCGCUCAGUAGAGGAUAACGUUUGAUUAAAAUGAUCAGUUUUGUGUAUAUACAUAUAUAUAUAUAUAUAUAUAUAUACAGUGAGGUCAAUAAGUAUUUGAUCACCCUGUGAUUUUGCAAGUUCUCUUACUUAGAAAUCAUGGAGGGGUCUACAAUUUUCAGCAUAGGUGCAUUUCCACUGUGAGAGACAGAAUCUAAAAAUAAAAAUCCGGAAAUCACAUUGUAUGAUUUUUUAACAAUUUAUUUGUGAAUUACUGUGUCAAAUAAGUAUUUGAUCACUUGCUUAUCAGCCAGAUUUCUGACCCUCAAAGACCUGUUAUUUUGCUUUUAAAUAGUCCAGCUACACUCUGCUCAUGAUUCUAAAUUAGUAGCACCUGUUUGAGGUCGUUAGCUGUCAUAAAGACACCUGUGCACCCCACAAUCAGCCAAAGUCUAAGUAGCAACAUGGGCAAAACCAAAGAGCUGUCAAAAGACACAAGAGACAAAAUUGUAGACUUUCACAAAGCUGGAAAGGGCUACGGGGCAAUUGCCAAUAGUCAUGGGAGAAAGUCCUGUGGUCAGAUGAGACCAAAGUAGAACUUUUUGGUCUUAACUCCAUUCGCCGUGUUUGGAGGAAGAAGAAUGAUGAGUAUCAUCCCAAUAAUACCAUACCUACAGUGAAGCAUGGGGCUGGAAGCAUCAUGCUCUGGGGGUGUUUUUCUGCACAGGGGACAGGACGACUGCACUGUAUUAAGGAGAGGAUGAACGGGGCCAUGUAUUGUGACAUAUUGGGCAAAAACCUCCUUCCCUCAGUCAGAGCAUUAAAGAUGGGUCGUGGCUGGGUCUUCCAACAAUGACAAUGACCCAAAGCACACAGCCAGGAAAACCAAGGAGUGGCUCCGUAAGAAGCAUAUCAAGGUUCUGGAGUGGCCUAGCCAGUCUCCAGACCUAAAUCCAAUAGACUCCGUGUUGCUCAGCGACAGCCCCGAAACCUGACAGAUCCAGAGAAGAUCUGUAUGGAGGAGUGGGCCAAAAUCCCGCCUGCAGUGUGUGCAAACCUGGUGAAGAACUACAGGAACCGUUUGACCUCUGUAAUUGUUAACAAAGGCUUCUGUACCAAAUAUUAAAAUUUUUUGACUCAAGUGAUCAAAUACUUAUUUGACACAGUAAUUCACAAAUAAAUUGUUAAAAAAUCAUACAAUGUCAUUUCCGGAUUUUUAUUUUUAGAUUCUGUCUCUCACAGUGGAAAUGCACCUAUGCUGAAAAUUGUAGACCCCUCCAUGAUUUCUAAGUAAGAGAACUUGCAAAAU